AUGAUUUUCAAGCUCUCCGACGUUCUUCUCGCACUCAGCGUCUCCGUCGCCUCCAUGGUCGGUGGCGCCAGCGCCGCCGCCUCUGUCCGUCGUGACGUCGCUCUCGCGGAUAACCCAGUCGACGCGUGCAACGGUAGCAACCACUAUGGCGUUGGCCAUAGCUGUGCCUGGCAAGGCGGCAACGAAGGCACAUGCGAGACCAACGCGAGCGGCGUCCUCGUCUGCACCAACUGA